AUGGGCUUCUUGGAAAGGCAGGAGCAGUUGGAGAAUGUAAUCCAAACUGCCCCGGAUGAAGAUAUUGAGAAAUCUGCCGUGCCCACUCACCAGGAGAAACCCACUACACUCUUGCCGGCUAUUGACCCUGAGUUAGAGCGGAGAGUGGUAAGGAAAUUGGACUGGCAUGUUGUGACGUUAUUGGGAUUUUUCUAUCUCCUCGCUUUCCUCGACCGAAGCAACAUCGGCAAUGCCAAAAUCGCCGGCAUGAAAGAGGACCUCGACCUCGAUGGAAAAAGCUACGCCUGGCUCUUGACAAUCUUCUAUAUCUCAUAUACAGUGUUUGAAUUCCAAGCAAUGAUGUGGAAGAUUGUCAAGCCGCACCAGUGGGCUGCCUUUGUGUUGUUCUCCUGGGGUUUGAUGGCAACAUGCCAAGCAGCGGUCAGUAAUUGGAAAGGCAUGAUGGCACUCCGGUUCCUAAUGGGCGUCUUCGAGGCUGGCUUCGGUCCCGGUGUGCCCUAUCUGCUAUCAUUCUUCUACCGCCGCCACGAGCUGGGUCUCCGAUGCGGUAUGUUUCUGUCUGCCGCACCACUGGCAAAUACAUUCGCCGGUGCCUUGGCAUAUGGUAUUACUUCGGGACAUUCCGCGUUGGCGAAUUGGCGAUUGCUGUUCCUGGUUGAGGGUGUUCCGGUCUGCGCAGCUGCCCUGCUGGCUUGGUUCUACGUGCCAGAUAGCCCGCAGGACGCCAAGUUCCUGAAUAAGGAAGAGAAGGAGGUUGCGCGUGCCCGGGCAAUGCAACAAUCUGGUGAGCCGGACCGUGCAGUCAAGAUCCAAUGGAAGGAAUUAGCCAUGACGCUUCUCGACGUCAAAGCGUGGCUUACAGCAUUGAUGUACUUCAGCUGUAACGUCAGUUUCUCUUCUCUCCCCGUGUUCCUACCCACCAUUCUCAAGGAGAUGGGCUUCACGGCCAUCAACGCCCAGGGCCUCACUGCACCUCCAUUCUUUGCCUCAUUCCUGGCGACGAUCGCGACCACUUGGGUGGCGGAUCGCAUUCAGCAGCGUGGAUUGACGAUCGCAGCUUUAUCAGUGGUUGGUGGCGUGGGGUAUAUCCUGUGCGCUACCUGCACCUCAGUGGGUGUUCGAUACUUCGGUGUGUUCUUGGCGGCCUGUGGAGUCUUCCCCUCGAUCGCCAAUAUUCUGCCGUGGGUUCUGAACAAUCAGGGCUCCGAUACUCGCCGUGGUGGAAGUAUUAUCCUGUUGAACGUGAUCGGCCAGUGUGGGCCUUUCCUGGGCACCAACAUCUUCCCAGAUGCACAAGCCCCGAGGUAUGUAAAGGGUAUGGGGAUCUGUGCUGGUUUCAUGUUCUUCACUUCACUCCUUGCUUUGUCUCUGCGUGUGCUUCUGGUAUGGGAGAACCGGCGCCUUGACAAGAAGUAUGGGCCUCAAAUUGAAGAAGACCCAACAAAACCUGCGGAUGGCCCGGUAGCGGAGGACAAUUACGGUGCCAAUUACCGUUUUGUGCUGUGA